AAGCGUCCACACGCGUGGUUUCCUUCCUUGCUACAAGUUUCUCGGUCGGCCUGUCACUGGCCAUGGGUCGCUCCCGCCGAACUGGCGCGCAUCGAGCUCACUCCUUAGCCCGCCAGAUGAAGGCCAGGCGGCGGCGGCCGGACCUCGAUGAGAUUCACCGCGAGCUGCGGCCGCAGGGGCCCACGCGACCCAGGCCGGAGCCGGACGCCGAGCCCGACCCGGACCUGCCAGGGGGCGGCCUGCAUCGCUGCCUGGCCUGCGCGAGGUGUUUCAUUGAUUCGGCCAACCUGAAAACCCAUUUCCGAUCCAAAGACCACAAGAAAAGGCUGAAGCAGUUGAGUGUCGAGCCCUACAGUCAAGAAGAGGCUGAGAGGGCGGCGGGUAUGGGCUCGUAUGUGUCCCCCCAACGUCUGGCAGUGCCCACAGAAGUGUCCACUGAAGUCCCUGAGAUGGACACGUCUACGUGACAUGGCCCGGGGACAUAGGGCGGAGGAGAUGCCCACGGACAGUGGUACAAGGGCUAGUUUGGGAGAGAGUGUGUGGAUUUGGGGAGAUGGCCUCACCUAGGUGCUCUGCCCCCAAUAAAGGAACUGGACAAAGA